AUGAUUUCAAGUGCAGAUUUUCAUGGCACUACUAAAGUGGUUGAUCUUAUUGUUGAAGGUUCUUGGAUAUGGCCGAUUGAAUGGAAUGAUAAGUUCCCUAAUCUGUGUGUUCCUAUUAUAGAAGCUCACAGGGAUGAUGACCUUAUAUGGCGUGAUUCAAAGGGAGUGUUAACAGACAUAUCGGUUCAAAACAUUUGGGAUGACAUUAGGAAUAAGGCCACUAAAGUGCCUUGGUACCGAUUGGUUAGGUUCAAUCAAUGUAUCCCUAAGCAUGCAUUUUUACUUUGGCCAAUUAUGCUCAGAAAGCUCAAGACACAAGAUGUAUUACAAGCGUGGGACGUUCAAGGAGGAGCAACCUUAAACCUUUCUUGUUUUCUCUGCGGGUCACAACCUGACUCGCAUUCUCACCUUUUCUAUGAGUGCAGGUUUGCAAGUGACAUUUGGAAUGAUGUUAAAAUAAAGGUUGUUCUCCAAAAUUCUUCUAAUAUUUGGAAUGGAAUCAUUAUGGGUCUGAUUCCUAUUGCCCAUAAGCGAUGA